AUGAAGGUUCAAUCAUUAAGUUUAAUUGCAUCGGUAUUAUCCGUAGUCAAUGCAUUUGCAGAUACUGCAUUGUUGUAUUCUUCUUUCGAUUUAGAAGUUCCUCACAAAUACAUAACUGAAUCUAAAGACCUUUCACAAUUCAUGUUACAAUAUAUUCAACAGUUAUGUGCAAAUGACAAACAAUUGUACAUCUAUCGUGUCAAUCAAUUAAAAUCUAGUCAAGUAGAUCAUGGUGUUUUAUUGAACCAUGUCCAUUACAAUUCAAUUCUGGAUUUGUCAUUCCCAAUUGAUGCUGCUUGUUCAUUGGAAAUUGUGUCUGAACAAGACAGCAACCAAUCACAAUCAAAUAUUGUUGUAGUUGAAGUUUCGGAAGGUGUUCAUUCAAUUGAUGAAUUCUUGAAGCAUGAAAAUGUAAUUGUUCAAGGAGUUCCAAGUUUCCAUAAAAGGAAUAAAGUUAACCAAAUUGUGGAACAAGUGAAUGAUAUGUUCCAUGAUGAUGUUGAAAAGAGAGAUGUGGCUGAUGGUUCUAACUAUGACGAUAUUCAACUGGAAGUUGAAGCUGACUUUAGAGAAGCUGAAUCCUUGAUUGAUGAUGAAACUGUCACUGUCUUUAAAGCAUCGAUUAAAGAAGCAAGAGCUAGCAAUGAUACUAAGAAAUCUACCAACACAAGUUUGUUUACAAAUUACCAGUUCUUUACUCCUGGAAUUUGGUCUGGUAUAAUUGUAUCUGGUUUCUUAUUGACCAUCUUGUACUUGGGUAUAAAUUGGUUAAAUUCAUUAGAGGUCACUUAUUCUUCUUUUGAAAAACAAGUUGACUAUGAUAAAAAGAAUGAAUAG